GCGGCGCCGGUGGUUGACCUUCCAUAGGAGGCGCAAACCCACCUACCUACCUAUCAUCUCGGCAGAAAAAUCUUGUUGCUAGGGUGGCCCGUUGGUUAGCCGUGAACCCUCGCGUUCUGCAUCUCAGUCUGUCGUCAGUGCCUGCUUGAGAGAGAAGCGAGGCACCAUGAAGCUCCUGAUUUCGUGCUGCCUUUUGGUGGGCCUCGCCUGCGUCCAGGCAGAUAGCGGCCCCAAAGUGACUGAUAAGGUUUGGUUCGACAUUGAAAUUGGAGGCCAACCAGCAGGCCGCAUCGAAAUCGGUCUUUUCGGAGGCACUGUUCCCAAAACCGUCAGAAACUUUGUCGAGCUGGCACAAAAGGAUGUUGGCCAGGGCUACAAGGGCAGCAAAUUCCACAGGGUGAUCAAGGACUUCAUGAUUCAGGGUGGGGACUUCACCCGAGGAGAUGGAACUGGAGGCCACUCUAUCUACGGAGACAGGUUCGAAGACGAAAACUUCAAGCUCAAGCAUUACGGUGCUGGAUGGCUGUCGAUGGCCAAUGCAGGAAAGGACACCAAUGGAUCUCAGUUCUUCAUCACCACCAAGACAACUUCUUGGCUUGAUGGACGUCACGUUGUUUUCGGCAAGAUAGUCAAGGGCAUGGACAUUGUGCGCAAAAUCGAGAGCACCAAGACCGAUGCCAGAGAUCGUCCUGAGAAGGAUGUUGUUAUCAAGGACUGCGGUGCAGAGAAAGCCGAACCUCAGUUCUCAGUGGAGAAGGCAGAUGCCACUGAAUAAAUUACAUUUUGUCGUUUUUGUACGAAUUGCUGAAUGAUUAAAUUAUAUAAAAUAAAAUGUU